UCCAGCUGAUGAUGUCCCUUUAGUAAGGGUAGUAUACAGCUCGGUUAGUUCGGAUUCCUUCCGAGUGUCUCCCUUGGGACACCUGCUACGGAGGAGGCUCCGAGACCCUGCCUAUGGAAGCUACUACGGUUUUGAAAAACAAAUGAAUCUGAUCAUCAAUUGUGAAUUCGCAACUGUGGGAACUGCAGGGUCUUUAUAUCUAGCUCUCUGGCCGCCUUCGUUUUGUCAAAUCCCUGCCGCACAUUUCCCCUCGCCUACUACUAUGACUCGUGGUCGCAAGAAAGAUCUUACUAUUCCUCCCACUCGCGCGUUGACUCAGCAGCGGGACUACCGAGCCCGCCGCGCUCAAUAUGUUAAUGACCUCGAAGAAAAGUGUCGGGCGCUCGAGAUAGAGAACUCUGACCUCCGACAAGAAGUGCGCUCUUUGCGCGUUAAAUUACCUUCUGCGACUGUGCAUAACCCUCAAAUGGUACAAGCCUCCGCGCAAUUGAUGCAGGACCUGUCCACUGUGUCAGAGACACUAGCACGAUUUCAGCAUGUCGUAUUUUCCGAGGUUAAUACCUUCCCGCCGCCCAUGCCGAUACCACGUACGGAGAGUGGGAACUUGUCCAAUAGUAUGCCGUCGCCUGUUUCUCUUGCUGCCUCUCCCAGCACACCCCACGCCACUGUCGACAAGAACGGCGCAUUUUCCCGGUCAUACCAAAACAUACCGAGGUUUCCUCGCGAUAUUCUGUGCGAUCGAGACCGUGAUAACACGAGACUCUAGUGGCCGUUUGUAUGACAAUGAGUCUGACAGUUCUCAUUCAGAUGAAGACCAUCUGACACACAGGGACAACUCGUCUCGGCCGUAUUCAU